CUCCUCUCCCCCUUUAUACUCGCCGGAGCGGAGACUCCCCUCUCCUUCCCUUGUGAUCUCCGAAUUCCCAUAUCAGAUUCCGAGGGCUUGGGGCUCUCCUACGAUCCCCCGCCUCCUCCUCCUCCUCCAUACGGUAUAUCUCUCGGCGGCAUCUCGAAAUCCUCAUCCGUUUCUGUUGUUGUUUCCGCGGCGAGUUUGAGGGGUGUGUGUUCUUGGAGAGGAAGAACCGUUCGCCGGUUUGAUUCAGGGUACAGGAACUUGCUACAGAGUGAUUGGUGGGUGGAUAAGAAGCCAUGCUACCUGCUGUGAAGCUCUCUCCUGGCCCUGUGGCCUUCGCUGGCACCAAUCUACGGUCCAGAUCAGCUUCGGUUUCAUCUGUCUCAAGUCUCAAACCAUCCAAAUUUGUGGUCUCUUCACUCAGACCACUCUACCUUGCACCACUAGAUGGCCCAAGAGCUGCUGGGCAAAAGGCUCAGAGGCAGCCACUUGAGUUCAGGUGUGCUGCUUCCGCAGCCGAUGACAAGGAGUCUAAGACCGAGGUGGUGCCCGUCCGCUCGGAAGCUGCCCAGAAGCUGAAGAUCUCCAUCUAUUUCGCGACAUGGUGGGCGCUUAAUGUGAUCUUUAACAUCUACAACAAGAAGGUUCUCAAUGCUUUCCCAUACCCCUGGCUCACUUCUACGCUCUCCCUUGCCUGCGGCUCUGCGAUGAUGCUUGUCUCAUGGGCCACUCGCCUUGUUGAGGCCCCCAAGACUGACCUAGAUUUCUGGAAAGUUCUUUUCCCGGUUGCUGUGGCUCAUACAAUUGGGCAUGUUGCUGCGACAGUGAGUAUGUCAAAAGUAGCAGUGUCAUUCACACACAUUAUCAAAAGUGCAGAGCCUGCAUUCAGUGUUUUGGUAUCAAGGUUCCUUCUUGGGGAGACGUUUCCGGUUCCUGUAUAUCUUUCUCUUCUUCCAAUCAUUGGUGGAUGUGCUCUUGCUGCUGUCACAGAGCUGAACUUUAACAUGGUUGGAUUCAUGGGUGCCAUGAUAUCAAACCUUGCAUUUGUUUUCCGCAACAUCUUCUCAAAGAGGGGCAUGAAGGGGAAAUCUGUCAGUGGCAUGAAUUACUAUGCCUGCCUGUCGAUAAUGUCCCUUGUCAUACUCACACCAUUCGCUAUCGCUAUGGAGGGCCCUCAAAUGUGGGCUGCUGGUUGGCAAAAGGCUCUUGCGGAAGUUGGUCCCAAUGUUGUCUGGUGGGUUGCUGCACAGAGCGUUUUCUACCACUUAUACAACCAGGUGUCUUACAUGUCUCUGGAUGAGAUUUCUCCAUUGACAUUUAGCAUUGGCAAUACGAUGAAGCGUAUAUCUGUGAUUGUUUCGUCAAUCAUUAUCUUCCACACACCUGUCCGCCCUGUCAAUGCACUAGGAGCUGCCAUUGCCAUCCUUGGCACAUUCCUGUAUUCUCAGGCAAAGCAGUGAGUUCAAAAAGAUGGUAAUGUUCAGGGCCAUGGAUGAAGAAGGGAUCCAGAUGAAGAAUGUCUCUGCCAAACCAGUAGCAAGCACUGAGGCCAAUUUUGCUUGUGCAACUUAUCUUGUAGAUAUAGGGGGGUUAGGUUUUGAUAUGAGGUCAUAAUAAUAAUGGUCUAUGUUGCUCGUUUCUUGUUCCUUGUUAGUGCAAACUGAACUCCAGAGGCUAUGAACUGUGGUCGAGUGUAAUCUUGAAAUAAAAACUUGAAUGGGAAUUUGUCGAUGUUUCAUUCUGGGUGUGGGAAGGUAACUACCAUCCAAGUCCCAGGUUUCAAUGGUUGUUACUACCUUUCUUACUGGCAAAUGAACGGAGGUCACAAA